GCAGUCACAGCGGAGACAUGAAGCUGCCUCUCUUGGUGUUGAUCGUGUAUCUGCUGUGGCUGAAAGACUAUCACUGUGCACCUACUUGGAAGGACAAGACUUCUAUCCGUGAAGACCCAAAGGGUUUUUCCAAGGCUGGGGAGAUAGAUGUAGAUGAAGAGGUGAAGAAGGCUUUGAUUGGCAUGAAGCAGAUGAAAAUCCUGAUGGAAAGAAGAGAGGAGGAACAUAGCAAGCUAAUGAGAACCCUGAAGAAAUGCAGAGAAGAAAAGCAGGAGGCCCUGAAGCUUAUGAAUGAAGUUCAAGAACAUCUAGAAGAGGAAGAAAGGCUAUGCCAGGUGUCUUUGAUGGAUUCCUGGGACGAAUGCAAAUCUUGCCUGGAAAGUGACUGCAUGAGAUUUUAUACAACCUGCCAAAGCAGUUGGUCCUCUAUGAAAACCACGAUUGAACGGGUUUUCCGGAAGAUAUAUCACUUUCUGUUUCCUUUCAAUGAAGAUGAAGAAAAAGAGCUCCCUGUUGGUGAGAAGUUCACUGAGGAAGAUGUACAGCUGACGCAGAUAGAGAAUGUGUUCAGCCAGCUGACCGUGGAUGUGGGAUUUCUCUAUAACAUGAGCUUUCACGUCUUCAAACAGAUGCAACAAGAAUUUGACCUGACUUUUCAAUCAUACUUUAUGUCAGACACAGACUCCGUGGAGCCUUACUUUUUUCCAGCUUUAUCCAAAGAGCCAGCGAAAAAAGCACAUCCUAUGCAGAGUUGGGACAUUCCCAGCUUCUUCCAGCUGUUUUGUAAUUUCAGCCUCUCUGUUUAUCAAAGUGUCAGCGCAACAGUUACAGAGAUGCUGAAGGCCAUUGAGGACUUACCCAAACAAGACAAAGAUUCUGCUCACGAUGGACAGAGUUCCACAACGUGGCCUGUGCGGGGCAGAGGGCUGUGUGGAGAACUUGACCAGAACUCGUCGGAAUGUUUCCAAUUUCAUGCAAGAUGCCAGAAAUGUCAGGAUUACCUGUGGGCAGACUGUCCUGCUGUUCCUGAACUAUACACAAAGGCGGAUGAGGCCCUUGAGUUGGUCAACAUAUCCAAUCAUCAGUACACCCAGGUACUCCAGAUGACCCAGCAUCACUUGGAGGACACCACGUAUCUAAUGGAGAAGAUGAGAGAGCAGUUUGGUUGGGUAACAGAGCUGGCCAGCCAGACCCCAGGAAGUGAGAACAUCUUCAGUUUCAUAAAGGUAGUUCCAGGUGUUCACAAAGGAAAUUUCUCCAAACAAGAUGAAAAGAUGAUAGACAUAAGCAUUCUGCCUUCCUCUAAUUUCACACUCACCAUUCCUCUUGAAGAAAGUGCUGAGAGUUCCGACUUCAUUAGCUACAUGCUGGCCAAAGCUGUACAACAUUUUAAGGAACAUUUUAAAUCUUGGUAAGCAGAGUGUUUGAUUAGGGAUGUUUGCUGAUAGGAAUAGAUGGUUCUUAAAAGGAAAAAAUGACAAAACUAACUUUUGAAUACCUUGAAAACAUAUUCAACCUCAUUAAUAAUCAAAGGCAUGAAAACUAAGACAAGAUAGCAGUUUUUACCUAUUGGAUUUACUAAUUAAAAAAAAAUCCAAAAAAAAAAAAAAAUCCUGAUAGAAUGAAAUGAAAUGAGAAUUCUCAUAUGUGACUACCAGAAACACAAACUGGUUUUGCCUUUUUGAAAAACCAUUCAAUUAUACAUAUCAAGAGUCAUCAAAUUUCUUUUUGAUAUAAUAAUUUCACUUUUGGAAUCAAUCUAAAGGAGUAAAUCUAAAAUUGAAUUGAAGUUCCCACACCAAGAUCUAUAUUUGCAAAAUUAUUUAAAAUAGUAAAAUGUUAAAAACAAUCUGAAUAUCUAAAAACCAGAAAAUGGUUAAAAGUUGUGGCUAAAUAUGCUCCAAAUAUCUUAUAAAACCAUUAAAAAUAUUUAUAAAAUUUAAAUCAUGACAUGACAACUGCUAGAACAAGAGUUUAUUCUAAGCCUAUCUAUAAGGCAAAUAUUAUUAUUAUCAUCUUCCAUAAAAGAAACUUGAGACUCAGGGUCCAAGUGGUAGUUGCUCAGUCAUGUCUGACUCUGAGACCCCAUGGACUGUAGCCCACCAGGCUCCUCUAUCCAUGGAAUUCUCCAGGCAAGAAUACUGGAGCAGGUUGCCAUUUCCUUCUCCAGGAAAUCUUCCCAGCCCAGGGAUGGAACCCAUAUCUCCUGCAUUGCAGGUAGAUGCUUUACUAUCUGAGCAACCAAAUGAAUUACUCAAGUCAGU